AUGAAUGAAAGUUGGAGAUAAAAGUUUUAAAAGGAUAAACUCUAUUCAAGACAUCCCAUGGCACAUAAAAAUGGUACUUUUACCUUUUAUUAUUCAGGUGGAGUUCAUAUGAAUUAAGAAGAUGAUACAAAACUUUUUUAAGUUGCUGGAGCCAUGUUAAAAUAGAUUGCUAAUAAAAUUGCCAAAGGUGAUUUUAACCUUGCUACAAUCCCUAAACCCAUAUGUUUAACGGCUCCCUUGACGAGCAAUGAAUGUCUUCUUUUGUACUUCUAUUCUUAUUACAUUCUUAGUGAUUUUGAUUAUUCCUACAUUUAUCUUACAGAGGCUGCUAAAUGUGAUGAUGCCUUAAAAAGAAUGCAAUUAGUUGUUGUCAAUGAAAUUUCUUAUCUACAUGGAAAUCACACAUAUUUAAAAUCAUUAGCUCCAAUCGAUCCCAUGAUUGGAGAAACUUGUCACAGAAUUAAAGAAGAUGGAACUCAAAUUUAUUGUGAAUUCAUUAAAGCUGAUCCUCCAACUACUCUCUAUCAUGUGAUUGGAGAUGGAUGGCAAAUUUAUGGAGGAGAAGUAGUUCUUGCUGACAUUCAUCCAACAUUUUCUGAACUCAUUGGAAGAAACCUUAAACCAAAAUAUAUUAAAUUUAAUGAUGGCAAGCUUUAUGAAAUCUCAGUCCCUCCUAUGAUUAUUAAUGGACUAUUGAAAGGAGAUCGGGUAGUCAACAAAUUAGAUGGUUUCACUGUAAAAUGCGUUUAAGACAAAUUAGAAGCACAAAUUAGUUUUAGUUAUGUUUAUGAAGAUAGUACAACAAAAAUUAAAAAUACGUUGAUGUUUUGGUAAUAAAAAUAAUAAAAACCACUUUCAGAUUUGGUUGAUGUUAAAAUAAAAAAAUUAAUUAAAGUAAUUAAUAAUAUUAUUAAAAAGACUGAUGAAGAAAAUAAUGCUUCCAAUAUCACUGUUUCAACAGGAUAAGGAUCAUGGCUAUCCUAUUUUGAAAUUGAUGGAGAUGUCUGUUGGAGAAUAGAUGAUCCUAUUUUACCAUGGAUUGAACCCUCUAAUUUAUUACCUAGCGAUUCAGCAUUUAGAUAGGAUAAAAUACUUAUGCUUAAAGGAUAAGAUGAUGCUGCUUAAAUGUAUUUAUUCAGUUUAUUUUAGAGUACGAAAUAAUAUUGAAAAGCAAGGGCAAAAGGAUGCCAAUUUAAGAAAAAAAAGAAGAUGA